AUGACUAAUGUGAUAGCUAUUACUGGAGCAUCAGGACUUCCAGGACAACAUCUUGUUAAAUAUCUUCAAGAAAAUUCUGAAAUAUUAAACAUGAAAGAAAUAAAAACAAUUGACUUAAAACCAUUUAAUCCAUUUAUACAAAUAAUUAAAAAUGUUCCAAUGAAACAUUAUCAAAUAAAUUUGUGUGAAAAAGAUAAAUUAAAAGAUGUUUUAGAAAAUGUAACAGCUAUUUUUCAUUUAGCUGAAAAAUCAUUUGAUUAUACAAAUAAAAACUUUACUCCAACAAGUAAAAAAGAAUAUUAUGAAAAAAAUGUUAAGUCUGUUGAAUGUUUGACUGAUUGUAUGGUUGAAAAUAAUAUAACAAAUAUUGUUUAUAUGGGAAAUGCAUAUUGUAAUCUUCCAUCACAAGAUAAUUUUGGACUUUCUGAAGAUAAUUUUGUUGGUUUAAGUAAUUCAGGAUAUAUUCUUGGUUAUUAUGGUGAAACUAAAAUUAAAGGAGAAAUAUAUUUAAGAAAUUUUUGUGAUACAAAAUUAACUAAAAAUGGAAAUAAAAUUCAACUUACAUGUAUUAGACCAACAAUAGUUUAUGGUGAGGGUAAUUGUAAAAUAAUAAAUACAUUAUUUAAAAUGUGUAAAGAAAAUAAUGGUAUUUUAAAUUAUGUUGAAGGACAAAGUAAUGGUUUACAACAAUUUGUUUAUGCAGGAAAUCUUGCAUAUUUUAUGACAAUAGCAAUGAAGCGUAUUUUUGAUUCAAAUAAUAAACAUAAAAAUGUAUUUUUAUAUGUUAUGGAUACUUCUGCAUGUACCACAACACAUGAAUUUUUUUCACCAAUUAUUCAAUUAAAAGGAUACAAUAUAUCUGAGAAUGGAUCAAAUAUUAUAUCAUUUACAAUUGAUAGAUGGUAUGAAUAUUUAAAACGUUUUUUUAUUUCAAAUAUUGACCAAAAUGCGAUUAGUGAUAUGGCAAAAACUUUUCUUUUUAAAUAUGCUCUUGGUUUUGCUGAUCGUAAAAUGUGCCUAUAUUUUAAACCAAGUAUUCCUUUUAAACAAAAAGAUGCUUUUAAUAAGGUUUUACAAUGGUACAAGAAAGAAAUAAUUGAAAAUGAUAUUUUAGAUGUAUCAAAAAUAUCAAAACACAGAGGUGAUGUAGGGGCUGGAUAA